AGAUAACUGUGAUGAUAAUGGAAUUUGUACAUUUUAUAUUUGCAUUUUGUAUAUUUACUAGACGUAACUGCGUAGAGUGAUUAAUCUCCCCCCAUGAAUGACAUGUAAGCGCCCAGAGCCCGCCGAAUCCUCUUUGGCGCUUCUCUGCCUCUUUCCUAUGAGCCCGGUUGUGCGCUAAUGUGACAGGCACAUAAUGUUUACUUUCCGCUGUAAAAUAAUUUAAAGCAGUCAAAACAAUGUCGGAAGACGACUUAAAAGUACCGGAAGAGCUUUUCAAGGACGUGAAGUUCUAUGUGGUGGGAGACAUUGAUCAGAAGGUUGUGCAACUUCUGAAAGCUGGGAAAGGAAAAGAAGUGUCUUACAAUGCCCUCGCCACCCAUAUUAUAGCAGAAGAUGGGGACAAUCCAGAGGUUGGGGAGUCCAGAGAGGUCUUUGACUUGCCUGUUGUGAAGCCGAGCUGGGUGAUCCUGUCUGUCAAAUGUGGAGACCUGCUUCCAGUUACAGGAUUUUCUCCAGAGUCAGGACAAGUGUUCUUUGGUGUUACAGCUUGUCUGCCACAUCUGGCAGAGGAUCUCAACACACUUUGGGCCUUUAUCACAUUCUAUGGAGGUGACUGUCAGCUCCACUUCAACAAGAAGUGCACCCAUCUUGUUGUGCCUGAACCGAAGGGGGCCAAGUAUGAGUGUGCUUUGCGGCAUAGCAACAUUAAGAUAGUAACCCCAGAAUGGAUUUUGGACUCUGUAAAAGAAAAGAACAGGAAGGAUGAGACUUUAUAUCACCCACGGCUGACAUUAUAUGAGGCACCGGAAGAGGAUGGAAGCGAGUAUGAAAAUGAGAGGAGCUCAGGUUCUGAAGGCAGCUACAGUGACAGACGCUCACCCCACAGCCGACGGUCCAGCCCUACAUCAUCCCGCGACGCUUCCCCAGUAGGCAGGCGUAGUCGUUCACCCUCACCGAAACAUGAGCGCAAAUCAGAGUUGAUGUUCGAUGACUCUGAUGACUCGUCCCCAGAGAAGGAAGACCGCAACCUGAACUGGACCCCAGCUGAGGUGCCGCAGCCUGGCCCUGCCAAGCGUCGAAUACAGCCUGGCAAAGAAACGGGUUUGAUCAAUCUGUGUGCCAAUGUCCCACCUGUACCUGGAGGCUUUGGGCCACCAGAUGCUCGGCUGGCCGGCACAGGUGGAGGUGUGCCUCUAGGGGUGGAGAGAUCGGAGGUCAUGGGUGGAUGGAAUCCAACUCCCAGGACACUGAGGAACAUUACUAACAAUGCAGACACACAACAGGCCUCGCGACCCUCCAAUGUGGCACAUAUCAUCCAGAGUCUUUCAUCCUCCACUAAAGGUGUGGUGGAGCACCUGGGAAAUCAAGGCCAGUCUGGUGUUCCCAACCAGAUUCUGUUUAAUCCAGUUAAGCCCCAGCAGCAACUACCACCUGAAGCACAACAGCAGUUAAUGCAGCAGCAGCAGCAGCAGCCACAUCAGCUACCACAACCACAACCGCAACAACAGCACCCACAACAGAUGGCACAACAGCAUCCUAUGAUGUUGCCGCAGGUCAUGCAGAUGCACCACCAUCAGCAGCAGCAACCGCAACAGCAGCAGCAGCCUCAGCAGCCGCAGCAAGGCUUCCCUCAAAUGCCUCAGCAGUCCCAUCAGUUCUUACAGCAACAGAUGCAUCAGCAGAUGUAUGCACAACAACAGCAGCAGCAGCAGCAGCAGCAGCAGCAACAACACACAUUCCCACAGCAACAAAUGCGACCACAGCAGCUCCAGAGGCCACCCUUGCAACAGCAGCAGCAACACGUAUUGCAGCAGCAAUUGCAGCAGUUACAACAGCAGCAUAGACUCCAGUUGCAGUUACAACAGCAGCAACAACAACAACAACAACAACAGCAACAACAACAACAGCAGCAAAACCAGCAGCAGAUGCACCAACAGCAUUUGCAGCAGCAACAACAUUUCCUACAACAGCAACUCCAACAGCAGCACAUGCAACAGCUGCAACAACAGCAGCAAAUGCAACAGCAGCAUCUGCAGAACCAGCAGCCUCUGCAGCAUCAGAACCAGCAGGUUACUCCACAUCAGACCCAGACCAUGCUGCAACCUCCAGUUAUGCCUGCACAGCUGCACCAACUCUUUGGGCAUGAGCCAGGCCAAGACAUCCCUGAAGAGGGAUUCCUGGUUGGCUGUAUCUUUGCUAUUGCUGACUAUCCAGAACAGAUGGCUGAUAAACAGUUACUGGCAACAUGGAAAAGGAUCAUUCAGGCAAAUGGAGGAACUGUGGACUCUGCUCUUAGCCGCUGCACUCAUUUACUUUGUGAGAGUCAAGUCAGCAAUACCUAUCUCCAGGCUCUGAGAGAGGGAAAGCGUUGUGUGACGGCUCACUGGCUUAACACUGUUCUCAAGAAGAAGAAGAUGGUCCCUCCUCACAGGACUCUUCAUCUUCCCUUCAGCUUCCCUCCAGGGGCCAAGCCCUGCUCACAGCAUAUUAUUUCUGUGACUGGAUUUGUGGACAGUGACCGUGAUGAUUUGAAGCUAAUGGCCUAUCUAGCAGGAGCCCGAUACACAGGUUAUCUGUGUCGAAGCAACACUGUGCUCAUCUGUAAAGAACCGAGUGGGUUGAAAUACGAGAAGGCAAAGGAGUGGAGGAUCCCAUGUGUGAACGCCCAGUGGCUGUGUGACAUCCUACUGGGGCACUUUGAAGCUUUGAGGCAAAUCCAGCACAGUAGAUAUUCUCAGUUCAAUUUGCCCGAACCACUGGCACCCAACCCGCAUCUUGUGCACAAUCUUCUGAGUGCUUGGCGCAUUCCUGUGAAGAUCUCACCGGAGGCGUUGGCGACCUUACGUCUGCAGCUGAAACAGAAACAGGCUGACGUCAGCUUGCAGCCGCCCAACAAAAGGCCCAAGCUAGAAGAGUUGCCAACACCUACUAAAAAGCUUCCACCUGAGUCCACACCUUAUGUGCUUUUCACAGGCUUUGAACCUCUGCAAGCUCAGCAGUACAUAAAGAAAUUGUAUGAUCUUGGAGGGGAAGUGGCUGACAGCACUCAGAAGUGCACUCAUCUGGUUGCUAACAAAGUGACAAGAACGGUGAAGUUCCUCACUGCUGUAUCUGUAGUCAAGCACAUAGUCACUCCAGAAUGGCUGGAGGAAAGCUGGAAAAGCCAGAAAUUUGUGGAUGAGCAGAGCUACAUGCUGCGAGAUGCAGAGGCAGAGGUGUUGUUCUGUUUUAGUCUGGAGGAGUCACUUAAGAGAGCUCAUGCAGCUCCGCUGUUCAAGGGGAAGUAUUUCUAUAUAACUCCAGGAAUCUGUCCGAGCCUCAGCACAAUGAAAGUUAUAGUAGAGAGUGCCGGAGGGAAAGUGCUCUCCAAGCAGCCCUCCUACCGCAAGAUCAUGGAGCACAAGCAAAACAAGAAUUUACCGGAGAUCAUUCUAAUAACCUGUGAAAAUGACUCUCAUCUGUGUCGAGAGUACUUCCUGAAGAACAUCGAUGUGUACACUGCUGAGCUUAUAUUGACUGGAGUGUUGACUCAGACCUUGGAUUAUGAAUCAUAUAAAUUCACAUGAUGUCCUUGUAAGGACAUGAAUAUUAUUUGACUGCUGGUGCCCUGCUGUGGAUCAAUACUAAAGGUUGUUAAAUUUUAAUGUACAGUCAUGUUAUAUUUCAAUGUUUGUAUUUUAUUACUUGAUUAAUAAAUAAUUUGUUACCAGUUUUGUAAGCAAAGUAACAGUGACUCUAAAUAAAUUACUGUUAUUUGUAAUGAUUGUUUAAAUGAAGGCAAAGCUAUGUUUUUACUGUGAUAAAUGUUUGCCCCUUUUAUGGUUUUGGAAUAAAAUCUGAAUUUGAUUGUGAUUUUAAA